UGUUAAAAAAAUUAUUUAUAUAUGUAUAGAUAACAUAGCUAUACAUAACUAUAUAUGUGUAAUAAACUUCGUAUAUAUUAUUUUAGUUUUUCAUUUUAUUACUGCGUGACAGUACACGUAAGAGUAAUGUUUAAAAUUAUUAGUCAUAUUUUUACUUAAAUAAUUUCAAAUUAAUAUUUUAAAUUGACUAGUGACAAUUUAUAUUUUUAAAAUUUUCUUUUUAUUAUUCUAUAAAUUUGGUAUAUAAUUUUUCUAGUGUAUAAGUUUAUGUUUUAGAGCUGAUGUGUCUAAAGUAUAUUAUGUCAAUGAUAGUGUCAAGGUCUUUUUAUCGUUUGUGUUAAAAAAAAAAACUUUUGUUUUGAUAAAAGCGCGUUGAUAAAAUUAAUAAGAAUGUCAUUUGAAGGAAAAUAUAACACUAAAAGCCCAGCUGUAAAGAGGUUGAUGCGUGAAGCUCAAGAACUCCAUGAAGCUACUGAUGAAUAUCACGCCUGUCCUCUAGAAGACAAUUUAUUUGAAUGGCAUUUUACUGUACGUGGUCCACCGUCAACUGAAUUUGAAGAUGGAAUUUAUCAUGGAAGAAUUAUUUUACCACCAGAGUAUCCUAUGAAACCUCCAAAUAUUAUUUUGCUUACUCCUAACGGAAGAUUUGAAAUUCAUAAAAAAAUAUGUCUAAGUAUAUCUGGACAUCACCCAGAAACUUGGCAACCUUCUUGGAGUAUUAGAACAGCUUUAUUAGCUCUUAUUGCAUUCAUGCCAACUCCAGGAAAUGACACCAUAGGUUCAUUAGAUUAUAGUGCUGAGGAGAGACAAAAACUUGCUAAAAAAUCGCAGAGUUGGGAAUGUGACGUUUGUGGAAAAAUUAUAAAUUUAUUAUCCAAAGAUGAUUCAUCGAAAUGUAACAAAAAUAAUGAUAAGCCUAUGUUUAAUUCUGUAAAUACAUUAAAGGAUGAAGCAAUUCCAUCAUCAUCAACUGCUACAAGAACAGCUAUAAGAGAAAGUCUAAGGCAACGUUUAAUUGACCCAAAUCGUCUAGGAAAUUCAGUGCACCAAACGAAUUCUGUUAAUCAACAAUUUUCAAAUUUAUCUAAUGAUUAUUUUUGGACUAUUAUUAUUGUUUUCUUAUUAUCGGCAAUUUCAUUCCUUAUUUUCCGACGAAUAUUUUUAGUGUAAAUUAUAUAUACAUAUGAUACACUAAUGUCCAAAUAAUAAAUAUAAAAAUAUGUAAAAAUGUUA